AUGAGAAGAGUGUUUGCACUCCCAGAUACAAAUAUGUUUGUCACUGUUUUUAUUUUAUAUUCAUUGAUAGAAGCAGAGAAAAAUGGUGUUAAUCUUAAUAAAGAGAUAGUUGAUAUGGGAGCUGAAGCCAUGUCCGAAUAUAGGGAUAAAAAUUUAGAUAGAGAUUCAGGAUUGUAUUGUUUUUGGCAACAAACUAGAAAUGAAACUUCUAAUCAUUAUUUUUCGUAUCCUUCAAAUUUGAAUGGCCCACUAGAUGAUUUUCCAAAUUUAUCAAAGUCUCCCAUAUCAAUUUUAUUGAAGGCUUUUAAAAUUGACUUUUCCAAGGUAGCUACAUUAUUUCAUCAACUAUCAUUGUUUCUUAGAGUUUCUCCAGAUUCUGAUGAUACAAGUGUAAUUCUUGCAUUGAAUGCACAAAUUGACAAUUCAGCAUUUAAAUAUCCAGAAACCAACUUUAAGAUGAAGGCCUCUAAUCCAAAUAUCAACAAAACAAUUGAAUCACUGACCUAUUACACUUAUAGACCUUUUUCUGAAGAUAAAAAAAGAAAUGCUGUUAAUCCAAGGACAUAUUUUGUUAUCCACCAAUUUAUUGAAGAUUGGGUAUCAAAUGGUAGAAACCAAGAGGACUUGGUACUACCUUUUACUUGGAUGAUGGAUUUCCCUUUUAGAUCAGACCAAUAUCCAUUUACAAACCUUGUGAUUUCUUCAAAUGAUAUAGAUUUUUGUGUUGCAAUCAAUACAUUUUAUGGAUUGGCAUCAUCUAUCAUACAACAUGGAAACAGUAUCAUCAGUUUAGAAGUCAAAAGAAUGCUGAGUUCUAUUGCUUAUUUAAUAGAAUGGGGAAUCAAUAGUGAAUUAGUAUAUGAUCGUAAAGAUUUGGCAUUAGUAUACUAUCCAUCUAUCUAUACAUUCUCAUGGUUUGUUUCGCGUGUAGUCGAUUUUCUUGAAACUGAAAAUCAAAAAUCACAAAACCAAAUGCCAUCUAUUUUGAACGAUUCACUUGUUUUAUUACGUGAUGCAAUGAUGAAUGGUGGAACCAAUCAAAUGUUAAAGAGAAUGAAAAGUGAUGGAAAUGGAGGUGUCUAUUGGGAAGAUUUCCUUGGCAAUGCGGACACUCUUCAAGGUGUUAAAAAGGAAUAUGGUGAAGAUAGAUUCUAUAGUAGUGCACUUGCAUUGAAUGUAUUGAUUGAUACAUGGACUAUUACUUGUGGAGAUACUGUAAAUCGUAGAUGGCGUGAUAAUACACCACACCCUGUAAAGGCUGCUGUCAAUAAUGGAAUAUCAUUUAUAGUUGAUAAUAUACUUGAAAACCCAACACAAACAUUCAAUGCUUUCUUUGAUAUGUCUUUCAGAGGACCAUCAACAUAUCCUACUUCUUACCCUAUAAACUAUUGUUAUGACAACAAUGGAAUUGAAUGCAAGUUUACUCCAUCAAAUCCAGAGGGCGUCAUGGGUGUAGUCAGUGGUAUCAUUCCACACACUAAAUACCAAGAGAUGUUGAAAAUGAAAUGGGCAAACAAUACUGUUCCAACCACUUGGUCAGGAUCAUUUAAUCCCGUUGUAAUACCAUAUUUUUCAUCACAACCACUUACCUAUUCAGUCAGUAUACUCGCAUUAUCUAAAUCACUUAACAUUCAAACUUAA